AUGGUUUAAUAAGAGAAUCUUACAUUUGUUAAUAUGGAUGAAACAGGUCAUAUUUAAAAAGCUAUAUUAAAAGAAGGAAUAGGUGAGAUUCCCGAAAAGCAUAGAGAAGUAUUAGUAUAUUUUGUAUUAAGAAAAGAAAACGGUGAUUUUGUAACAGGAACAGAUUCCAAUGCAUAUAAAAUAGUAAUAGGAAGAAAUGAUGCCAUACCUUUAAUGGAUAAAAUAAUAUCUUCAAUGCGUUUAGGAGAACGUGUAUUGGCCAAAAUAAAUACCGAGUAUGUAAAAUAAUCUCCAAAGUUAUGUUAAUUAUACACAAAAGAAGAGUAAAUUUAAGGUUUGGAAUUAGAAAUAGAAUUAGUAAGACUAUCAAAUUAUCGAAAUAAUUUAUGGGAAUUAGAGAGCGAAGAAAGAGAAAAAGCCGCAUAAUAAUUAAAAUAAGAAGGAAAUGAAUAAAUAAAAAAUAAAGAAUAUCAAAUUGCAGCUUAAAAAUAUAAUUUAGCACUCAAUUCCAUUAGGAAUGAUUCUAAUGAAACUUUCGAAGAAUUACAUUAAUCUCUUUUAAAUAAUAUUUCCUUGGCACAUUUAAAAAAUGGAGAUUUUAAUAAAUGUGUACAAAGUGCAUCUGCAGCAUUGGUCAAUUAAUAGGAUAAUCUUAAACUUCUUUAUAGAAGGGCUCAAGCUUAUGAAGGAUUGGAAUAGUUUGAUAAGGCUAAGGAAGAUUUGAAAACUGGACUUAGUAUUGAUCCGGAUAAUGUAGAAUUUUAAAAAGAAUUAGCUGGUUUAGCUAAUAAAGAAAAGGCUUAAAAAAUUAAAGAGAAGAAAGUUUAUGAAAAUAUGUUUAAAUGA